GCGGUUUCUCAUUCAGUCGUUGCCUUCAGGGGCAGCUCGCAGUCUCUCAGAGCCAAACACAGCAAAACAGAGCCGCUCUGUAUGUGCAAUGGAAGCCUCAGCCUCAGCCUCGUAUAAUGUUGUCUUGUUUGUGCUAGCCCGUUAGCUCGCAAAAGCCAAUGACACUAUAGCCUUAAAGCAAGAGAUAAAUGUAGCUGCUGGUUAGCUAGCCUCAAGCUAACAACAACAACAACAACACAGGCAGCAGCGCCAUGGCACACAGCACCAAAUUCGAGAAGGAGACUGAGAGAGAAACAAAAAACCUGAUAAGAUGCAUCACCGGGAUAGAAGACGAGGACGACCAGAAUUAUCAAAUGGCGCUUAAAUUCUGCUGGUCCAAUUUCAGGUUUCACCGCUUCCUGGAUGUGGACAGCCAUAAAGUUCAACGUAGUAUAAGCGGGAUAUAUGAAAAGCUGAUGAUCCACUCAGACCUAAGUAAAGCAGAGAGCUGGAGGAGGCUGACUGAAGAGUUCCUCAGUUCACCUUUACCUAACACAGAUGGAACUAAGACUGAUGUGCAUCAUAGUAUACUGUCCCUGUUGCUCUUGCUAUCGGGGUCCCCCUCAAACACAAACUUCACCGAGAGACCCCGGGUGAAGGAGGCUGAAAAAGAAGAUAACUUUGACUGGGCUAAAUAUCUGAUGGAGGGUGAGGACAUCGACAAUGGACCAUACCCAGAUACUCCCGAGUGGUCUGAGGAGGAGAGUGAAGACGAGGACAGCCAGCAGCCAAUCAGCAGGGAGGAUUCUGGGAUCCAGGUGGAUCGCACCCCCCAGGAGGAUCAGGACAACACUGACAAGACGGUUCCAGUCACAUGGACAGUGGGUGAGCCUGACGCUCGGGCCUGGCUUGAACAGCAUGUGGUGACGCCCUAUUGGGUGGCUCAUGCCCCUCGUUUUCCCCACAGCCUACAUUUACACUCCAACUUGCUCAAUGUUUGGGAUCAGCACUUAUACAACAGUGAUCCAUUGUAUCUGCCAGAAGAAAAGGCCUUUGUCACAGAGACCCAAGUUAUACGGGAGACACUGUGGCUUCUCUCUGGGGUGAAGAAGCACUUUAUAUUUCAGCAUCAUGAUGGAAAAGUGUCAGUAAGGAAUAAUGUGGUGGUAACUCAUCUGACAAGCAACUGCCUGCGCUCUGUACUGGAACAUAUUGCAGUGUAUGGGCAGGCAGUAUUCAGGCUGCAGAGGUUCAUUGAUGAGGUAACAGGAUACAGCUCUGAGCCAAGCCCGCCAGGCUCCAGCUCCUCCCAUUCCUCUAAGAAGGGCUCAGAGCCUCCAUUCAGGACCUACCAGGCCUUUGUCUGGGCACUUUACAAGUAUUUCACCAGCUUCAAAGAGGAACUGACCACAAUUGAGAAAGAACUCAUAUGCAAAGAUGAGACGGUAACCCUGUCUGGCGUUCUGGAGCGACUCAGUCCUCACUUGGCGCAGAUCAAAGAGCUACACAAAGUCUUCUGCACCGGAGUCGCUGAAGUGCCCCCUGAAACUCCAAAUGUUGUGCGGGCCUCACACCUGCUCAACACCCUCUACAAGGCUAUUAUUGAGUAUGACAGUGUCGGCGAGGCAUCAGAGCAAGCUGUGGCCCUGUUAUUCUCACUGUGGACAGAGACGGUCAGACCUUACUUGGAGAUUGUGGAUGAAUGGAUUGUUCAUGGUCACCUGUUUGACCCAGCCAAAGAGUUCAUUAUCCAAAGGAACAAGGAUGUGCCAGUCAACCACCGGGACUUCUGGUAUGCCACCUACACACUGUACAGUGUGUCUGAGACGGUAGAGAACGACGAGAAGCUGAAUGACGCAGCCAGUGGGAGCUCUGGAGGAGAUCAGGGCUCAAGCAACAGGCAGCUCACCAUGGUGUCCUUCUUGAAACCGGUCCUCAAGCAGAUCAUCAUGGCUGGGAAGUCCAUGCAGCUGCUCAAAAAUUUGGACUGCAAAGAGGCUGAGCAGUCUGAGAGAUCUUCUAGAGAUGCAGAGAGGAAGAGUUUAUAUACACUGUUCCUGGAGUCGGUGCAGUCACGCCUCUGCCGCCCUGAGGACUCGCCCUCAGAUACAGUGAGUGAACAACAGGCCACCAAGAGGAGUCUUAUUAAGAUGCAGUCCAUUGUAGCACAACAUCUGCAGAUCGAUGACGUCCACGAUCCGCUGUUGGCCAUCAACUUUGCCAGGCUGUACCUGGAGCAGAGUGACUUCCAUGAAAGAUUCUCCGGAGGUGAUUUCAUUGUGGACCGUUCAUCACAGUCGGUCACCUGCCAGACCUUUGAGCUGACCCUGCGCUCCUGCCUCUACCCCCACAUCGAGAGGAGGUACAUUGAGUGCUGUGGGAACCUUAUGAAGACUCUGAAAAAAGACUAUAAGCUGCUGGAAUACCUCCAAGCUAUGAGGAACUACUUCCUCCUGGAGGCUGGAGACACCAUGUAUGACUUCUACACAGCUAUAUUUGACAAGGUGCUGGAGAAGGAGAGCUGGCAGCAGCUGUCCUUCCUCAACGUGCAGCUGCAGGAGGCAGUCGGGCAGCGCUACCCGGAGGACAGCAGCAGGUUGUCAAUUUUCUUGGAGACCAUCGACCCUGCCAGGAAAAAACAGCCUGUGAAUAAUCUCGAUGUACUUACACUCAGUUACAAGGUUCCCUGGCCUGUCGACAUUGUAAUCAGCUCCGAGUGUCAGAAGAUUUAUAAUCAAGUGUUUCUCCUGCUGCUGCAGAUCAAAUGGGCCAAAUACAGUUUAGACACACUUCGAUUCAAUGAUCUGACUGAAGCCACUAAGAAACUGGAGGGGGGUGUUGCUGAGGAAGUAACAGUCAAGGAGACGAUAAAUCAACAGAUUCACCGGAUGUGUCUGCUGCGAGUCAAACUCAUGCACUUUGUCAACAGCCUUCACAACUACAUCAUGACCAGGAUUCUACACAGCACAGGUCUGGAGUUUCAGCACCAAGUACAGGAAGCUAAGGACCUGGACCAGCUGAUCAAGAUCCAUUACAGAUACUUGUCAACCAUUCAUGACCGCUGCCUGCUGAGGGAGAAGGUCAGUUUUGUGAAGGAGGCAAUAAUGAAGGUUCUCAAUCUGGUCCUCAUCUUCUCUGAUCGAUGGCAAGCUGGGUUUGGAGCAUGGAAGAUUGAGUCCAUUGAUAAGAUGGAGUCAGAUUUCAAAAACUGUCACAUGUUCCUGGUGACAAUCCUGAAUAAAGCUGUUUGCCGUGGCUCCUUUCCUCACUUGGAGUCCCUCGCCCUGUCGCUGAUGGCCGGCUUCGAGCAGUGCUGAGGACUCAGCUGUGUGCCGCUGCGCUCCUUCCACUGCUGUCGCUGGUCCGUGAGAAGCUGCAUCAGAUAUGAGUCUCGUCUCCAGGCACCAGGGUGACGUCACCGUCUGCACCCGGGGAGCCAGACUUGGACCAGUGUGUUUUGGUGUCACACGUCUUUUGACGGCCAUCGUCAUACACCCUGUCUGUGAACAUGCAGAGCUACAUGUGACGCUUCUGGAUCUGAACGAUGUUGCUAUUUGUAAAUUUUUUUUUUUUUUUUUUUUUAAUGAGCUGUUAUGCUGUUUGUGAUUAAUGUGUACAUAUGCUCAAUAAAUAUUGCACAAUGCCGUU